AUGGCAGAUGGCAGAAAUGUCAAGGACAAAGGUCCGAUCAAGUACAAAGGAAUGACUCACCAUAGUCGGCAGGCAGGUCCUGAGUUUGAACAGGAUCUGCCGUUGCUCCGACUCUUUAUCGAAGAUGUGGAGCCUGGGACCGCUCUUCAGGGAGCACAACCGACACAGGUCGGUGAACGCCGUGAAGUUGAGGUCCUCGGGCUCGGUCAUGGCGAAGCACCUGAUGAGGAGGUCAAGGAGGCAAGAGUUGUCCAUGUAUACGGCGGUGGUUCUCGGGUGGCGGGAGACAGGGUCAACGCCGCGGCAUGUCGCGGGUGCAGGCACGGGGAGGCGUCGCGCCGCCGCUGCGUCCGGGGGGCACUGGGGCCGGCGGCGCGCGCCACCCGACGCCCCUCGACUCCCCCCAGCCCCCGCGCACGCAGCCCCCGCUGUCCCAGCCCUCCCCGCCCGAGGGGUGGCUCACGGAAAACGCUAGUUUUCCCACUUAACGGUGUCUGA